CACAUCAGCACCAGCCACACAUGCUUCCUGUCCUUUGGUCAGUGACCAACGCGAUGGAACGCAAGGACAUUGAGUCCGAGGCAGACUACGAGGCCCGGCUGGCUGACAUGAUGCUCGAGAUUAAGCAAAGAGCAGAUGUGGCAGUUGCCACUCAAGAGAAGAGAGAGAGGGAAGCCGAAGAGAAACGUCGCCUUGCUGAAUUACAGCAGCAAGCGCACAAGGACGCAGCACACCAGGCUGCCUACGAAGCAAAACAAAUGCACGGGGAUGCAUUGUUCGAGGAGGAGGCUGAAGUCUUGACCUUGGCCACCGACUGGGAGAAGUCGGCCAAGGAGGAGGGAGCCUCCAAGACCAUGCGUAAGUUCUCCGCGGUCAUCAAGCGGAUUGCAGCAACAGUCGUUGCCCCCUCCAACAUUUCGGAUCGCGUCAGCACAUUGCAGAUUGAAGUAGGCACUCUCAAGGAUGGUGUGCAACUGCAACAAACGACAAAUCAGCAGUUUCGGACCUCCGAUCAGCAGGUGGAGGAGCAGAUUCGUGCAGCAGCGCUAAGUUCAGCCUUGACACCCUUCACCUUGCGGUUGGACAUGUAUAAGGUGCGCAACCCCAACUGGCAGGCUUGUCUUUAUCACCCAUCGGGUGGCGCAUGUCAAGCAUGGCUCGACAACCUCCUGUCCAUGCACAAGGUGAUUGUCACCGAGCUGCACACAGAGAUCAGCUGGAAAGAUCUGACGACAGCAUGACACACGUGAUUCCAAGUGGAACCGCCCGAGCUCCAGGCAAUGGAGAAGCUGCAGAAGUUCUACCAAAACUCCUUGCUGAGCACGGAUUGGAUCGCCGAGUUCCAACGCUUGGCAUCCACGCCCGAGCUACCAAUCAACUUCAACGGAAUCAAGCACUACUUCAUUA